UGUGGGGUUACGCAUGGGGCGUGAGAAAAUAAAGUGUGGGAAAGAGUGGGCGUUCGCGGCGUAGUAAAACAUUUGAUAUGUUGUAGUGAACCGAACACAUAUUUACGAACGCAGUGCGCCAGUAGCAAUCGUUUCGUUUUAUGAAUGUGUGCGUAGCCUUAGCGGGUACAUUGAGCUCAUGAAGCGAAAUAGUUGCGAUGUGUGAGGAAGAGACCGACGAUUGACCGGAGAUCUCGUGGGAAACGACCUUUGUUAUGUACACUGAUAUAUACAUUAGUAUAAACAAAAAAUCUAUUCUGGAAUUUAAUCGCAUGCGAUGGGAGUCACUGGACUGUGGCGGCUAAUAGAGCCAGCCGGCAAGCCCGUGCCGGUCGAGACAUUGGAAAACAAAGUGCUCGCAGUCGAUAUUUCAAUAUGGUUGCAUCAGAUGGUGAAAGGCUAUCAGGAUGCAAAAGGAGCUCCUUUACCAAAUGCACAUCUCAUGGGAUUGUUCCAACGUCUCUGCAAACUGUUGUACUUCAGAAUAAAACCAGUUUUUGUAUUUGAUGGAGCUUUCCCUGAAUUGAAAAAAGAAACUAUUGCUAAGAGACAAGACCAUAAAGCAAAGUACAAUUCAGAAUCUGAGAGGAUUAAGAGAGAACUUGCUCUAUUGUUAAGUAAGAAAACUGCAAUUAGCAGUUUAUUAGGAAAAGAAAUAUCACCACCGAAGAAAAGUGCCAAUACAUCCGCAGAUAAUGAUGACCUGUUUAAACUGCCCACUUUGCCACAGCAGGAGGAUGAAAGUGAAUCAGAGUCUGAUGAUGAACAGAACUCCAGCAGCUCCAGUAUUGAUCUUCACACAGUAGACUUGCAGUCUGAUAGCUUCAAGAAUUUAGGAGUCAAGGAAAAGUAUGAUCUACUUAUUGAGUUAAAGGAAACAAGAAAAAUGAAUUCAUGGGGACGACUCAAAGAGCUGCCCAAGAACAGUGACACAUUUUCUGAUUUUCAAAUGCAGAGGUUGCUAAAGAGAAGGAAAAUACAAGAAUGUCUUGAAGAGACAGAAAAAGAAAUGGGUGAUACAGGAAUGUCCUUAAAUGAUUUAGAAUCCUUACUAAAUGAAGAAGGUAUUGACACCAAAAUAGAAACAUUACCCUCUAGGCGCAUUGCAUCCAAUGUAUCCACAAGAUUUCUACUCAUCAAAGAUGUAAAGCAAGCCUUGGAAGAUGCAAAGAAAAGGAAAGAAUUGGAAAACAACCCAACCACUAGCAAAAUAGAAAUUACUGAACUUGAUGAAAAACCAACACCAACAACUAGUCAGCCAAACAAAGUUGAUGAACUAGAAGAUGAUUUACAGAAAGCAAUUAAAAUGUCAUUAGAAUGUGCUGAUGAACAAAAUGAAGCUAACACAAGUGUUGUAUCUAAAACAGAUGACUCUUGGACAUCAUGUAUGACUGACACAGAUUAUUCAUAUACAGACUCUGAAGAAGAUGAUGGCUUUGAGCAACCUGACAUGACCAGUGCCAAAUCUUAUAUCAUGCAGUACAGCGAUUUUACACACAGAGCCAUUAACAAAAUUGUAACAGAUCGUAAAAGGAAUAAAAAGAAAGUGAAAGUACCUAAAGUUGAUGAAAUAUUGGAAGAAAUUAAUAACGAGAAGUCAGUUAUUGUUGAUAAUAUUGAAUUAACAUCUAGUGAUGAAGAUUGUGUUGAAGGUGGUGAAUUAUCUGAUAGUAGUGGAGAAGAUGAGAAAGUUGCAAGUGAGCCUAAUAACUCUUCAGAAGAUAAGGAAACAGAGAACAAUUUUGAUUCCACCCAAGCGUCAGUAGUUUGCGUUGAAAAUCCAGAGCCAGAUAUCAUCAACCUAGAUUCUAGCAUAGAAGAAGCAGACAGUGUAACUGAGAAAGAGAAUGCUUUCCCUAGAGUUGAAAUAAAACAAGAAAAUGAUUCUAGUGAUGAAUUUGAAGAAGUCAAUACUGUAGAAAAAGAUGAAAGUGAGUCCAGUGAGGAUGACUUUGAAGAAGUACCUGAAGAAGAAACUAAAACGAAAAAGCCUGUUGUAGAACUUACAUUAAAUAUGGGUGAUGCACCAGGUGAUGAUGAUAUAUUUGCGGAUAUAUUCGAAGAUAAAAAGGAUGUUGUGAGCGAUAAAAAGGAGUUUGUGAGUAAUAAAAAAGAAGCAAUAAAAGAUUCUAAGACUGAUAACGAAGUGUCAUUUAUUAAGGCGGUCAAUACAAACGUUGUACCAGAAGAAGUAUUUAAAAUACCUGAUGUGCCUGCACUGAAAAGUAUUAGCAAAAUUGUUGAACAAAAUAUGAAACCACAAGUUCAGACUAAACAGGAUCCUGUGUUACCUCAGGAAGUAGUCAGUACAGUACAAAUAGAUAAUGUUGUUGAUAACUUGAAUCAGAAUAAACCACAAGUUACUGUAAGUUCUGAUAAUAUGGAAAUUGACAAUAAUUUGUCACAUACAGUAAAUGAUGAUGUGCAAAGUAGUAUUAAUGAAGAUUCACACGAAAUAGUAAAAGUUACUAACCCACCUAAAGAGGUUCUAACUACAGAACAGUUAAAUAAUAUGGUUGAAGAAAUGCAAACUGCAGAGGAAGAUUUGGUACAAGAAAAAGGUCGACUGGAUCGUAUCGGUCGUAAUAUUACUGAGCAAAUGACUAAAGAGGCUCAAGAAUUACUUCAAAUAUUCGGUAUUCCGUACAUCGUCGCCCCUAUGGAGGCUGAAGCACAAUGUGCAUUCCUAGAAAGUGUGAAUUUAACAGACGGUACAAUAACAGACGAUAGUGACAUCUGGCUGUUUGGCGGCAGAACUGUGUACAAGAAUUUCUUCAACCAAAAGAAGCAUGUUUUGCAGUUUCAAUCUGAGAGGAUUGAGAAAUCUUUUAAUUUAAGUAGAGAACAGUUAGUACUCUUAGCACUGCUAGUUGGUAGUGAUUACACAACUGGAGUGAGUGGUGUAGGGCCUGUCACUGCCUUAGAGAUUCUAGCCUCUUUCCCAUUCAAUAAGAGACAACUCCUUAGCGAGAGUUCGAAGCAAGGUCGUUACGCACACAUCGUGAAGGGAUUGCAAGAAUUCAAGCAAUGGGUCAGAGCUGGAAAGAGGACUGACAACACUAGCCUUAAGAAGAAACUCAAGAAUGUUGCCCUCACAGAGGAUUUUCCCAGUGUGCGGGUGGUCCAAGCCUACUUAGAACCAAACAUUGAAAAAAGUGAAGACAAGUUCACUUGGGGCGAGCUAGACAUCACAAUAUUGAGAGAUUACACAAAAGCAAAGUUUGGGUGGUCUCAAAAUAAAUUAGAUGAAAUCAUUAAACCAGUCCUGAAAAGAAUAAAAGACCGUAAAACUCAAAGGUCUGUUCAAGACUUUUUCAAGCGGAAAGUUGAGUUUGGGUCAUUAGAGGAACAAAUGAGUAAACGGGUUAAAGCUGCUGUACAAAAGAUGGGUCCUGAGGGGCCCCCCGUAACUGAGAAUGAAAAAACUGAAGAUAGUACUGAGCCUGCUAUUAAGAGAAAGGCUGUAAGCAGUGGGACUAAAGGUGCGAGCGAAGCUGGCACCUCUACUGCUAAGAAACGAAAGAACUUAGAAGAGAAUGUACUUAUAAAUCAAGGCGUAAAGGUUGUGUCACAUGUCAAAGACGGAAAAUCAGAGUUUGAAAUCAAAAUACCGAAAUCAGAUCGCUUCCAAGAAAUGAUUCCACAAAGAGAAAAGGACAAAAAGAGUUUGUUAGAAAACAAAAUGAAAGCAAUAGAACUAUUCAGAAAAACUAAAAUUGAUCAAAAGAAGAAACAUUUCAAACGAAAGGCGUUACAACCAAAAGAAAAGGCGGAGCUUUCUGAAAGCGACAGCGAUUAAAUUAUUUUUUUAUUACGUUACAAUAAAAAUGAAAAGCAUUUGUAAAA